AUGGCGGCCCCUACACACCCGGUGGUCGCUUCCGAGGUGGAGUUCUUCACGAUUAUACUGAAGCAGGUCUCGGUGAACCUUGCAACCUAUGGUAUACAAGUGGCGCUGUACAUCGCGACAAUGGCAGCCCUCGCUCGCACCAAGUCCAGCGCGUGGAUCCUGAAGCUCGCCAUCACCGCGCUUCUCGCGUUCUCCACUAUAGGCGCCGCGACCCACACCACCUUCUAUACGGCGCAGAUGCCGCAUUACAGCAGGCGACCUCCGCCAGGUCUGGAGGAAGGCCUGCUCUUUCGGCUAGACAUCGUGCUCAAUGUCGCGUUCAACUGUAACUUUCUUAUCAGCGAUGCGAUCGUCGUGUGGCGCGCGUGGGUCUUGUAUACGGAUAGGAUCGCAGUGAAGGUUCUGCUUCUUUUCUGUAUGGUCAUGAGUACAGCCGGCGUCAUCGCCCAUACAACUUGGCUCAUGCUGACCUACGGGCAAUCCAUCCCUGGCGUCCGUCGCCUGAUCAUUAGCCUUCCUCUCCUUUUCACGAAUUUUGUUUCCACUGGAUUGAUCUGGCAUAAAGUGUGGUCGUACCGCCGUGCGGUGAGAGCCCUGCUGGGCCGACAACGCAACUCGACAUUAGCAGAGAAUAUCAUGCUCGUCCUCGUCGAGUCAGGAUUUGUGUAUUGCGGUCUGUGGGUGUUAUAUGUGGCAAUCAACGGUGUAGAUACAGGUGGACCGCACCCGAAUCCCGCAUACGGCGUCAUUUUGACGGCCUACCACAACAUCGCCGCCAUCUACCCAACCUUCGUCGUCCUCAUCAUCACGAUGCAGCGCUGUACAACGCAGCAGCUCAUCGCUACUCAUGCCUCCGUCUCUGUCCAGUUUGCAUCCGACGAAGCCGUGCUAUCUUCCGACGAGAGCAGGUCCGAGCCCGGUUCGUCAGGCUCUAGGCCAAUCUUGUCCACAGGAAGGUCGACGAAGAUCACCAACACGGACGAGUAUUAUGACAUGGAUGUGAUGAGCCCCGAUUCCGAGCGUCCGAAGCGGCCUCGAGAGAGCGAAGAGUGGUGA